UUUAAUAUUCGUAUUUUUUCGCCGCUGGAGAGGACGUGUUUUUUCCUCGUUUUUUUUUGUAAUUUAUUGAAUGCUAAUUACAAAUCAAAAAACAAAAAGAAGAAAUAUUUACUAAGUGCGGAGAAAGGUGAAUGUGCAAAAAAAGGAAAACAUCAUAAUAAUUAUACCAACAAGAAUAACAACAAAAACAACAACAACACCACCAAAAUGGCUGUUAAUGUGUACUCCACAAAUGUCACCUCAGAGAAUCUAUCGCGACAUGAUAUGCUCGCCUGGGUCAAUGAUUGCCUCCAAUCGAAUUUCUCCAAAAUUGAGGAGCUGUGCACAGGCGCCGCCUAUUGCCAGUUUAUGGACAUGUUGUUCCCCAAUUCAGUGCCCGUGAAGCGUGUCAAAUUCCGUACAAAUCUGGAGCAUGAAUAUAUACAGAACUUUAAAAUUUUGCAGGCUGGCUUUAAAAAGAUGUCGGUGGAUAAGAUCAUACCCGUUGAUAAGCUUAUUAAGGGACGUUUCCAAGACAAUUUCGAGUUUCUACAAUGGUUCAAGAAGUUCUUCGAUGCGAAUUAUGAUGGACGUGAAUACGAUCCAGUGGCCCAACGUGGAAAUAUCAAGCUGGGCAAUGGCGAUGCCAAUAGCAGCAACGGAGGCAGCGGCGUGGGUAGCACCAAUAAUGAUCUACAUUUAAUGCAUCGUCGCCCCAUGCCGACGGCGGUGCCACCUUCCCUCAACCGCAUGGCUCUACGCACCAACCAAAUGGCAGUCUCCAAGGUGCCGCCACGUACAAAUAAUGCAACGCCGCCAAGCCGAUUGACUUCGAACGCUAAUCAUCACACAGGCGCCGUAAAGAAGAACGACUCGAAUGCCGCUAGUAAUCAGCAGAUUGAGGAGUUAUCUAAUCAGGUCAUGGACAUGCGUUUAAAUCUGGAGGGUUUGGAAAAGGAGCGCGAUUUCUAUUUCUCCAAAUUGCGUGACAUUGAAAUACUAUGCCAAGAGGCUGACGAUGGCGAGACGCAUCCGUUAAUUCAGAAGAUUUUGGACAUCCUGUAUGCAACUGAGGAUGGAUUUGCGCCCCCAGACGAUGCACCACCAGAAGAUGAGGAGUAUUAAACAAGAACUUUAAUAUAACGUCAAAAAAAAAAACCGCAACAAAAACAAGAAGCAGCCCCCUCUCCCACUAUAAACCAUUUACGGCAUUAAUAUUGAAAAACAUAAUGGUUAACGAUUAAGUGCAAAACACAACUAAAAAAAAGGCAUAAAUGAAACAUACACGAGAACUUAUUGUAUAAACAAAUUAUACCAACCCUCACCAUCCUCUCUCCUCCCUAAAUCCUUACUGUCGUAUUCCAAACAACUCAUACACAGUACACAAGCACAGACACUCGUAAGAAUUUAUCAUAAAAAUCAGAAUCAUUUACAAAUUAAUGAGGGACAGUCUGCUGGAGGAAAAUUUGACCAAUUGAUCUACGACAAGUCUUGUUAUAUUUAUUAUCAAUUGCUCACGAAAAUGAAUGUGUGAUCCUUGUGUUAUCUGUUAGAACCGUUAUUUUAAACAAUUUUUGAAUUGACAAACUGAUUAUGUUAAUGGUAAUUAUUCUCCAGCCCCCUGUACCCUUGAUUGGCUGUCUGUUGACUUCGAUUGGCUUUUUCGUAUAAAAAAUAUAUAUUUAAAUUGUUUGUAUUUUGUCGCGGCAUAUGUAAAACACAACACAAAUUACACCUGCGUGCACAUCCACACACACACACACAA